AUUACUUUUUCAGGAUAUGUUUAUAUAGUUACAUGUCAUUGGAAAACACUGAUGUAGAUUUUAAUUUCAAAUCUUGACUGAUGUGGUAUUUUCUAUGUGUGUUCCUUCUUUGCCCCACAGUUGUUUUCACUGGUACCAAGUUGGAAGCAGAAUGCAGUAAACUGCAGCUUCAAUUUGCCACAGCCUCCUCUGACUUCACAACAUGCCUUGGGAAGAACACCAAACCAGUCCGCAUUUGUGUCACUUGUUUUCAAGAUUAUCAGACUCUGAACAGCUCGUUCUACAACAUAACAACCAGCACCAACUGCUCCGACGUACUGCUAGAGUCUGACAAUGCCAUGGUAAUACGCCGACUGUGGGACUCCUAUCACAACAUGUGGACAAGCGCGCUCUGCAGCACUUGCUCUGGUCUCACGGAAAACAGAACACAUGAGUUCAGAAACAGGACGGACGAUGUUAUACAGUGUUUUGAUGAACACCAGACGACUCACAAUGUAGACCUUAUCUGUAUCGAGUGUAACAAGCGAUACGAUGCCCUGUUAAACCUCUUUAAGGACCUCCAGGGAGCCGGGUUUGCGUGUGCGGACCUAGCAGAUUCGAUGAACAGCACAGCUCAAACGUGGAGUGUCAAAUUUGGGUGUGGUCAUCCUCCUGUCGAGUUCGUACCGGUUCUAGCUAUGACUAUUGGGGUCUCUCUCGUUCCUAUUAUUUUCUAUUCUCUUAUCUGGAAAUUAACAGAUUAACAUCACGACACGUGACAUCAUCACGACUCUUGACGAGAGGGUCUUCUGCUUUCUACUUCAUAGACGGGAACUGGGGUUUCCUUAUCUUUCUCUUCAUGUUUCAGGUUUUAUUUUCUUCGAUAUAAUGUUUAAGUUAUUUUUGUUUUACGUUAUCAGAUUACAUGCUAAAUUUAAAAUUUUACGUUUACCACGUCCGUGUUUUUCUUGAACUGGAUUAAGCAGGAAUAAUUUUAACCGAGAAAAUUGUUUUUAAAGUUUCAAGGCUCUGGCACUGAGAAGUGCUUAUUUGUUUUGCACAAAGACUGAUUUUAUAACUAACAUAGUAAGUUAUAUCUUUAUGCUUUGAUCACAAAGGACAACUCAAUUUAUGAGAUUUUUAUUACUCAAAAGAAAGGCUCAGCUCUAUUUUUAUAACUAUUAUUGAAAUUUGAUAUGCUUUGAAAAUAAUCCAGCCCAUCACGAAAUAUUGUCACAACUCAGAGAAUUCUUAGAAUUUUAAAAUUUUAUUUGUUAAUCGCAACUUCUGGUUAACAGUUAAUAAAUGAGGUUAUCCGAUUAAGCAAAAGUAAUUAAGUAAAUUAUAAGCUGCCGAAUAACACCACGAAUAAUAACGAAGUUGUUCGUGACAAUUCAGUCACUGCAAACUAGUUCGACGGUUGCGCUUGUGGUUCAAGAUUUUAAGAUUAUUUGUAUUUUGAUUGAGUUAAUAGUGGAUUACGUUUGUAAUAAAUUAAGAUUUUUAUUAUCGAUGCAAUUUAAAACAUUGAGCUGGACUCGAUUGCUUGAACUUGAAAUUUAUAUCACUUUUCGUCAACCACUAUUCAAUUUACAUGGAUGAUAAUAUCUUGAUGUACAAAUGUAAUGUUUUAUUAAUUUUGUUUUGCUCCGAUACCUA